AUGAUCAAGCUGAGGUACUCCAAGAGGCUCUUCAAGAGGAGCUCCUCGUCCAAGCAGCAGCAGCAGGCGGCCGCUUGUGGCGGCGACAAUGGGGUCGGUGGCGGCGCUGGGGAGAUUGAGUGGGAGGUGAGGCCCGGAGGGAUGCUGGUGCAGAAGAGGGACGGGAGGGGCGGCCAGGAGAUGGUCACGGUCAGGGUGUCCACCGGCUUCUCCUGGCAUGAUGUGUCCAUUGCAGCCACCUCCACUUUUGGGGAGCUGAAGGUGAUGCUGUCCAUGAUAACAGGACUAGAGCCUCGGGAGCAGAGGCUGCUGUUCAGGGGUAAAGAGAGGGACGACACUGACCACCUCCACAUGGUUGGGGUGAGGGACAAGGACAAGGUCCUCCUCCUCGAGGACCCUGCCCUCAAGGACAUGAAGCUCCGGGCUCUCUCGGGCCAAGUCGUGCGGAGUCGUGCCAGCCUUUUAUCCAAGUGUAAUUCGGAUCAGCCCGCUGUCGUGCUAACUAUUACCACUACUUAUUAG